AAAGAAUCUUGUCCUCUGCGAGACAAACUGGAACCGACCCCAUCAAUGUCAGAGACCUCGGCGAUAAAUACUCGACCACCACCACCUUCUUCAAUGUUACCACUAGUAAAUGCUUCUGUCUGUGACUCUGUUCUCAACUACCCCAAUUUAAUCCACUUUUUUUGAUCCUACAACACAGAUAUCCAAGUAUUCAUAGCAACCCACUGGUACCCAACACCUUCUAAGGGUUUCUCUGUCUACAACUGUCUCUGGUUUUUCUCUCUUUCGGUUUUAUCUUGUUCUCAACUUUAUUGGAAAACAUAUAAGAAAAACAUUCUCUGGGUGAGUACCAUAAGUUGUUUCUUUGUGUCCCCUUGUUUUUGUUUCCUGGGAUUUUGACCACAUUUGCUCCAAGCAUUCAAUAUCAUCCGAUAAGCACGCGUUGCUUGUCUUCCCAUUUGAAUUUCCUUCCCUCUCUGGCAUGUUCUUGUAUUUAGGCCUUUAAUGGUUUUUCAAUUCUGUUUUAAUUGUACUGUUAAAGUUGAGUUACUAGCCUGUACUACAUUUUAGGCGAAGUCAAUGGAACUGCUACUUUCCUGGGGUUUUAUUAAGCACUUUGAAAUAUAAGGGCCAUUACUUGCAACUUGUAAAAUGGGGAGUUCAAGCUUGUUUGCGAUAGUGUUUCUUUCAUGGGUUUUCUUUAUCUCAAGGACAAAUCAAUUACAAACUUAUGAAUCCCAAGUUCUUCUCCAGCUGAGGAAGCAUUUGGAGUUCCCUGUGCCAUUGGACAUAUGGGAAAAUUACAAUGGUGAUUUGUGUAACUUGGCUUCAACCCCUCAUAUGAGCAUCACAUGCCAAAACAAUUCUGUCUCCGAGCUCAAAAUUAUGGGAGAUAAGCUUGGCAAGGUUAGUGAAUUUUAUGGAUCUGCAGUUCCCAACCAAACCUUAUCCAAGAGUUUCUCCAUUGAUUCAUUUGUCACUACCUUGACAAGGCUAACUAGCUUAAGGGUCCUUGGCUUGGUGUCUUUGGGGAUUUGGGGUCCCCUUCCUGAUAAAAUUCAUCGGCUAUAUUCGCUUGAAGUUUUGGAUAUGAGUUCAAAUUUUAUGUUCGGUUCUAUUCCUCCUCAGAUAUCUAGACUAGUGAAACUUCAUACUUUGAUAUUUGAUGGGAAUUUCUUCAAUGACACUGUCCCUGAUUGGUUGGAUUCACUGACAAACCUCACUGUUUUGAGCUUGAAGAACAACCGGUUGAAGGGUCAGUUUCCUUCCUCAGUAUGCAGAAUUAUGACACUCACUGGCAUUGCUUUGUCUCACAAUGAGCUUUCUGGUAACUUGCCUGAUAUGAGUACCUUAUCUGGUUUACAUUUGCUGGAUUUAAGGGAGAACCAUUUGGAUUCUGAAUUACCUUCCUUGCCCAAAGGAUUGACUACUGGUCUUUUGAGCAAGAACUCGUUCUCAGGUAAGAUUCCAGAACAAUUUGGGGAAUUAUAUCAGCUUCAGCACCUUGAUCUAUCAAACAAUUUUCUCACUGGAACACCACCGGACGUGUUAUUCUCUUUGCCAAACAUCAGCUACUUAAAUUUGGCAUCCAAUAAGCUAAGUGGGUUACUUCCUAACCAUUUAAGUUGUGGGGAUGAACUUGGGUUUGUUGAUAUUUCUUCUAACAGGUUGGUAGGUAGACUUCCUUCUUGCUUGGAUACUACUUCAAAUAAUAGAAUUGUUAAGUUUGGUGGAAAUUGCUUGUCCAUUGACACCCAACAUCAGCAUCCAGAGUCAUACUGCAAAGAAGCCAAUAUGGAGAAGGGACGAUCAAGGGGAGAAGCAAUAGGGGUAUUAGUUGGUGUUAUUGGGGGUUCUGUAAUUAUUAUGGUACUCUUGGCACUUGGGCUUAUUAUUUUGUGCAGGAGAUAUCGCUCACGAGGGUGCAUGGAGCAGCAUACAUCACCAAAGAUUGUGCAAGAUAAUUCCACUUCGGGGAUUUCCUCUGAAUUCCUUGCAAAUGCCAGGAUCAUAUCUCAAGCAGCAAAAUUAGGGUCACAAGGUUCCAUAGCAGGUCGAGUGUUUCCCUUGGAAGAAUUAGAAGAAGCCACGAACAAUUUUGAUCAGUCAUCAUUUUUGGGUGAAGGCUCAAUUGGGAAGCUUUACAAGGGGAGAUUAGAGAAUGGGACUUAUGUUGCAGUUAGAUCUCUUACGUUGCUCAGAAAAUAUUCAAUUCGAAACCUUAAAAUGCGGUUGGAUCUGCUUUCAAAGCUUCGCCACCCACAUCUGGUUAGUCUUUUGGGACAUUGCAUUGAUGGUAGUGGGCAAGACGAAUCUACUGCCAGUAGGGUCUUCCUCGUGUAUGAAUAUGUGCCAAAUGGGAACUUCCGAGCUCAUCUCUCAGAAAGCUGUCCAGAGAAUGUUCUUAAGUGGUCAGAUAGACUGGCUGUUCUGAUCGGUGUUGCCAAGGCUGUACACUUUCUACAUACAGGGGUUAUUCCUGUUUGUUUCAGCAACCGACUGAAGACAAAUAAUAUAUUUCUUGACGAGCAUCGGAUUGCAAAGCUGAGUGACUAUGGGAUGUCCAUCAUUACAGAAGAAAUCGAAAAACCUGAGGCAAAGGGAGACAGCUCCAAAUCAUGGCAUAUUACAAAGUCAGAGGAUGAUGUUUAUAACUUUGGAUUCAUAUUGCUUGAAUCACUUGUGGGCCCUAUAGUGAGUGGCAAAGGAGAAGCAUUUUUGCUAAAUGAAAUGGCAUCCUUCGGGAGCCAGGAUGGUCGACGCCGAAUUGUGGAUCCAAUAGUGUUAACCACAUGCUCGCAAGAGUCCUUGUCAAUUGUAAUAUCCAUUACCAAGAAAUGCACAUCUCCUGAAUCAUCAAGUCGUCCUUCAUUUGAGGAUGUUCUUUGGAAUUUGCAAUAUGCAGCUCAAGUCCAGGCCACAGCGGACGCUGAUCAAAAAUCAGAUGCUACAUCACAGAAUUCACAGCCGUAAAUUGAUCACUUGGUAUGACAGAACCACACCCUAGCAGCAACAUUGUAGUACACUCCCCCUGCUGCCAUCUUGAUGAAGCAGCCAAUGGAGCUACCUACCUUUAUGGGGUCUCUGUAAAAGCACAUAAGAUUGCAUAUGUUUUGGCUUCUUGUCCUGAUUUUGUAUUCUUUGUAUGAAACUGUAAAUACU